AAGAGGUACUCUGGUCACGACAGCUUCACGAAAUACCGUCAUUCUUCAUUCUCCAGUUUCACAUGAUCACGACAUAUACCCCACCGGAGUCGACCGAUAUGCAUUCCUUUUCUUCCCUUCGCGAUGAAUAUUCCUUUUUGUCCAGCAUGAGCAGGGUGGUGGGGUAUAUCCUUCUGCAUUUCUUCAUCUCGUCUAAUUCAUCUCAUUCGUCCUCGAGAGUCCGCCGAAAUUUUGUGCUUAUACCAGUUCGAUUGAGUCAUCUCGACAAGCAUCUAAUACACGUAAUUAAAUUUCCGGCUUUACUUCUCGGGGUUUGUCUUAGCAUUGACAUUGACAUGUCUUAUUAUAUCCCUGUGUUGUGUUAUUUGUUUCUGUUUUUUUUUUUUUUUAUUUCGGUGUCUUAUAUUAUUUCAGCCAUGAUUUGCAUGCUUGCUCAUAGCUUUCGGCUUUUUAGACUUGAAUAUAAACUUGCUUUUUGUUCGAAGAUUCUUUUGCAAGUAUGCAUGUCUAUGGAAUGUGUUGAGGACAUGAUGUUGUAGACUCUUCAAAGUGUUAAAAUAUCUUAAUUUUUACUGGUCUUGACUUUUUUUAUAUCUUUUUUAUCUUGUCUGUCAAUGGAUCUUAAUCCAAUAAAUCCCUCAAGAAGCAAAACAAUACAUACAAAGCGAAAAAAAAUAAAAAUAAAAAAAAAAAAAACCACCAACCAUCAAUUCUAACCAAGAAUAAAAU